UGACAUCGGCGAUAGUGCGCGCGGGAGCACGUGGAGCUCUAUAAAAUAUCUGGGAGCACAUUGCCGAGGCUCCAGUUGCGCUUUGUAAGUAACCAAGAGCGGAAAGAACCGCGGAAUAUGCUCGCUACCCCCUGCGCGAUUUGCUCACGCUCUUCCCGUUGCUGCUGCUGUUGCUGCUCUUGUUAAUAAGUAGUGCGAUUGUAAGCCGAUUGUUGUGAGACGAUUUUGGGAGUGAACUGUAUAUAGGAUCAAAGACGUAAUACUUAUACAAAGGAUGCAGUCGACGUUGAGACUCUCCCGAUGUUCGAGGCUGCUGCUGGUGCGCGAGGGGCCGAAGAGACACGCGCGAGGAGUACAACUGUCAGUCGCGAGGUGCUCCAAAUUCGAGGAGGCUUUUCCACCUAGAGAAGAAUUUCAGACGAGGCACAUCGGUCCCAGAGAACAUGAGCAGGCGGAAAUGCUCAAGACCCUCGGGAUCAAGUGCCUGGAAGAGCUGACGGCCAAGGCAGUGCCAGCGAAAAUCCUCUACAACAAGGAGUUGGCUAUCGAGAAGCCAGUGACCGAGUUCGACUUGAUCAAGCGGAUCAGCGAAAUCGCCGAUAAGAAUCAGAUAUGGCGCAGCUUCAUCGGCAUGGGAUACUACAACUGCUGCAUUCCCCACACCAUCAUGAGGAAUAUUUUCGAAAAUCCCGGAUGGACGACGCAGUACACGCCCUACCAGCCGGAAAUCGCUCAGGGCCGACUCGAGUCCCUGCUGAACUACCAGACGAUGAUUUGCGACUUCACUGGUCUGGAGGUGGCGAACGCCUCGCUCCUCGACGAAGGUACCGCAGCUGCCGAAGCUCUCGGUUUGGCUCACCGCUACAACAAGCGCAAGCGCAUCUUCGUUUCGGACAAGGUGCACCCGCAGACCGUCAGCGUCAUCGCGACCAGAGCGACGUCCCUCGGGCUCGAACUCGAGAUCGGCGAUAUCUUCAAGGUCGACACCAGUGGAAAGGACAUCGCUGGGAUAUUGAUACAGUAUCCUGACACCACGGGCACGAUCCAGGACUUCUCGGGCGUCGUAAAGAAGGCACAUGCCGACGGCACUCUGGUAGUAGCAGCUACAGACCUCCUCUCCCUCGCCGUGACAAAGCCCCCGGGCGAGUUCGACGUGGACAUCUGCAUAGGCACUAGUCAGCGUUUCGGUGUCCCUCUAGGCUACGGCGGACCUCACGCCGGUUUCUUCGCCUGUCGCCAGAAGCUCGUGCGUCUCAUGCCCGGUCGCAUGAUCGGAGUCACGCGCGAUGCCGACGACCGCGAGGCCUACCGUCUGGCUCUCCAGACUAGAGAACAGCACAUCAGAAGGGACAAGGCCACGAGCAACAUCUGCACGGCUCAGGCGCUACUGGCGAACAUGUCGGCCAUGUACGCGGUCUACCACGGGCCGAAGGGUAUCAAGGACAUUGCCAUGAGAGUGCAUAGGUUGACGGUGGGUUUGGCCGAGGGACUGAAGGCCGAUGGUCAUCAGGUUGCGAACGAGUGGUACUUCGAUACAUUGACGGUUAAGCCCAAGGUGCUCGUGGAGGUCGUGCGGAAGAAUGCUGAGGCUGCCAAGAUCAACUUGAGGUACAAUCAGGAUGAUACUGUAGGCCUGUCUCUGGACGAGACAACAAAGCCUGAAGACGUAAACGACCUGUUCAGAGUGUUCUCCACCGACACGACGAUCGAGAAGGUCUUGGACAGCGGUUUGAUCGAAGGUAAGGACCUGAGCGCUUCGCCGUUCCAUCGUACUUCCGCGUACUUGGAACAUCCAGUCUUCAAUUCUUUCCACUCCGAGACGAGGAUCGUCAGGUACAUGAAGUCCUUGGAGAACAAGGAUAUCUCGCUCGUGCACAGUAUGAUUCCUCUGGGCUCCUGCACCAUGAAACUCAACUCGACGACAGAGAUGAUGCCCUGCAGUUUCAAGGGCUUCACAGACAUUCACCCGUUCGUCCCACUGGAGCAGUCCAAGGGCUAUCAGCAGAUGUUCCUAGAGCUGGAACGCGAUCUGUGCGAGAUCACUGGUUACGACAGCAUCAGUUUCCAACCAAACAGCGGAGCUCAAGGCGAAUACGCCGGACUCAGGGCUAUCCAAUGCUACCACGAGUCCCAGGGUAACAAAGACAGGCAGGUUUGUCUGAUUCCCAUCUCGGCUCACGGUACCAAUCCUGCAUCCGCACAGAUGGCCGGUAUGAAGGUCGAACCGAUCAACGUGAGAAAGGACGGAUCCGUUGAUAUUGAGCAUCUUAAGGCCAUGACAGAAAAGUUCAAGCACAACCUCUCAUGCUUGAUGAUCACCUAUCCUUCAACAAAUGGCGUCUUCGAAGAGACGAUCAGCGAUGUGUGCGAACUCGUGCACCAAGUCGGUGGUCAGGUCUACCUGGACGGUGCGAACAUGAACGCCCAGGUUGGUCUCUGCAGGCCCGGAGACUACGGCAGUGACGUUUCUCACCUUAACCUUCACAAGACCUUCUGCAUACCUCACGGAGGUGGUGGCCCCGGUAUGGGCCCCAUCGGUGUCAAGAAACAUCUAGCUCCGUUCCUGCCCAGCCAUCCAGUUAUCGAUCCAGCCACUGGUGAAGUCAAGGUUAAUCAAGGACUGGGCGCCGUAUCGGCAGCUCCCUAUGGUUCCUCGGCAAUUCUCCCCAUCUCCUGGGCCUAUAUCAAGAUGAUGGGACCCCGGGGACUUCGCAAGGCUACCCAGGUCGCCAUCCUCAACGCCAAUUACAUGAGCAAGCGUCUGGAGAAUCACUACAAGACCCUCUACAAGGGUACAACAGGCUUGGUGGCGCACGAGUUCAUCAUCGAUCUCCGCGACUUCAAGAAAACCGCCAACAUCGAGGCCGUCGACAUAGCCAAGAGACUCAUGGAUUACGGUUUCCACUCGCCCACCAUGAGCUGGCCCGUCGCUGGUACUCUCAUGAUCGAGCCGACCGAGUCCGAGGAUAAGGUCGAACUUGAUCGGUUCUGCGAUGCUCUUAUUUCUAUAAGGCAGGAAAUCAGGGACAUCGAAGAAGGAAGGUCAGAUGCCAGUAUUAAUCCCCUGAAAAUGGCACCGCACACGCAGGAACAAGUCAUUAGCGACAAGUGGGACAGGCCUUAUUCCAGAGAAGUUGCUGCUUUCCCAGCGCCUUUCGUAAAGGGAAGCUCGAAGAUGUGGCCGACCGUCGGCAGAAUAGACGACAUCUACGGCGACAAAAACCUCUUCUGUACCUGUCCACCGAUUUUACCUCAACAGCAGUAAAUUUUAAUUAAAUGUACAUAGUAAUUUAUUGAUAAGUUCUAGCUGCGCUUUACAUUGCCACAUCUAAAACGUAUUAAGAAAGGAAAAAUCACGAUUUGAGCAAAGUUUGUACAUAUUAUUCCUAAGGAUUGUACUUAGAAUAGGAAUUUUUUUAUUGUUCUCAAUUUAUCUUACAAUAUAAUCAAUUGAUUCAUCAACUCAUCUUCAGUAAAAAACAAAAGUUCAUCCUCAGAGUUGUUUUUAUAAAAAGUUCAUUAAAUAAAGGAAUACAAAAUAAAAA